UUCUUUGAAGAAACAAUAUUGACCUUGUCAAUUUUGAAGGUAAUCUGCCAUAUGUGAACAGGCUGAUAAAUUUUGUGGAUUUAUUGUAAGGGGCUCGACAACAGACUUGUCAAAAUUGCGAAAUAUAAAGUAACUGUUUUGGGAAGACGCCACCUCCAGUACUCAAUACGCUUUGGAUCUAAAAGAGAAAAACAUCGAGCAUCAAAAAAAAAAAACAUCAAGGCUUGAAGCGGAGGGAUUAAAACAUAAAAUACCUAUUUAUAUUAAAAUAUAUAUGAUAGUAAUAAAUGUCAAUAGCACGCGGCUUCCCAUUGUUGAAAUGCGUCAAUGUGCACGCACGAUGGCAACGUUUUUAUAGCAGUGCAAAGUUGCGAAAUAUUGGUAUUUUAGCACAUAUCGAUGCAGGUAAAACAACCACCACGGAACGCAUGCUCUUCUAUGCUGGGAAAACGCGAGCUCUGGGAGAGGUGCACCGUGGUAACACUGUGACAGAUUAUUUGACGCAGGAGCGAGAACGCGGCAUAACGAUAUGCAGUUCGGCCGUCGCUUUCAAUUGGCAUGGACAUAAAAUAAAUCUUCUGGAUACACCGGGUCACAUAGAUUUCACUAUGGAGGUGGAACAAUCGUUGCAUGCUGUAGAUGGCGUUGUUGUGGUGCUGGAUGGUACAGCAGGUGUGGAGGCACAAACCAUCACUGUAUGGGCACAGGCCGAAAAACAUCGCUUGCCGAAAAUAGUAUUUGUCAAUAAAAUGGAUCGACCUGACGCAGAUUUCAUGACCUGUAUUCGAGAUCUGUCACAAAAAUUGGAUGCAAAACCAAUUUGUUUGCAGUCCCCAUUAAAGGACGAAAAUGGAAAUUUGAUUAUUUUGGAUGUAAUAACACAGCAAAUGUUCACUUGGAAUAAUGUAAGUUUAGGUCGCGAGUACACAGCGCAGCCUCUAUUUGAUGAACAUGUUGCGGAGCUGCAAGAAAAACGUUACGCCUUGAUAGAUGAGCUCUCCGGCAUCGAUGAUGACCUAGCACAGGUAGUCAUUAACAACGAAGGCUUUGAUCAAAUUAGAAAUGAUUUGAUAAAACAAGCUUUGCGACGCGCUGUAGAACAACGCAAAGUGGUGCCCGUACUUUUGGGCUCGGCAUACAAAAACGUAGGGGUGCAACAUCUCAUGGAUGGGGUUAUUGAUUAUUUACCGGCGCCACCCGAACGUAAUCAGCUUUACGAUUGUUUUGGCGAAGAUUUUGUGGGCAAAGUUUUUAAAAUCGUGCACGACAAGCAACGUGGCUCGCUAACUUUGGUGCGUGUUUUUCGUGGCGAACUGAAGAGAGGCGCACGUCUGAUUACUACGCGCAACAAUGCAGAGGUGGUUAGCAAAGUUUAUGAACCAUUGGCGGACGAGUAUAGGGAAAUAAGUGGUGUGCCAGCGGGUGAUGUAGCAAUUUGUGCAGGCUUGAAGCAUACAGUUACUGGUGAUUUGUUGACUGUCAGCACCUCUUCGCUAAAAAAUGCGCAAAAACGUCUACAAAAAACUCUGAAAUUACCGGAAAGCUAUGAGGCGCCUGAAGAGAACGACACCGACGCUGCUUUAGUGAGGGAAAUAUUCUCCACUGAGCCACAAAUACCUGAUGCGGUGUACUUUUGUUCAAUCGAACCACCUAGCUUGGCAACACAAAACGCUAUGGAGGCAGCGCUAAAGCAACUGCAGCGUGAAGAUCCCAGUUUGCGCGUAAAUUAUGACACUGUUACUGGACAAACAGUGUUGGGGGGCAUGGGUGAACUGCACAUGGACAUUGUUAAAUCGCGCAUACUCACCGAAUUCAAAAUCGAUGUGGACUUGGGUCCACUACAAAUUGCCUACAAAGAAACGAUUGAGACACCAGCGAUGGAUACUUUUCAAAUAGAAAAAGAAAUAGCUGGAAACAAACAAAGUGUCACGAUUACUUUGGAACUCUUACACGAAGAAAAGGAAAGGUUUAGUUUAGAUAAAUCCGGGGAAAAUGCAGCUAAUUUAAGUGCUUUACGCCCACGUACGCUACAAGUGAUACGUAAAGGUGCAUUAUCUGGUUUGGAACGUGGGCCACGUGUUGGUGGUCAAGUGGUGGAUACGCAAAUACGGUUACAUAAUAUUACAAUAGGACGCGGUACGGCCGAUUCAUUUAUAAUGGCCGCAACAGCACAAUGUGUACAAAAGAUACUAACCUCAGCUGGUACGCGCUUGUUGGAGCCUGUCAUGGCUUUGGAAAUUGUUGCGCCAUCCGAACGGAUAUCUACAAUUAUAGCUGAUUUGUCACGUCGGCGAGCCACGAUUAACGAUGUUCGUCCGAAAAGUGAACAAAAUAAUAUAAUAUCUGUGAGUGCGCCAUUGGCAGAGUUAUCCGGCUAUUCAAGUGCUCUGCGUACCAUAACCUCUGGCACGGCAAGCAUGACAAUGCAACCAUGUGGUUUCGCAAGAAUGAAUGCAAACGAUGAACUGCGCGCGAUUAAAAGAGCACAAGGAUUUGAAUAAGAUGUGUGAUCUCGCUGAAAAGAUUCACAUACUGCCUACAGUUACAUAUUUAUAUCCCAUUUUUGUCGCUAUUUACGUAAAAAUUUGUGGAUUAAGAUAACGCCGAAAGUAUACCUACAUUUGGUUAUGUAAAUAAAUAAAACACCAUUAAUUUAUUAAU